AUGGUGCUCUACAAUCUUAAGAGCGUCAUUCUCAACAUCUUUAUUUGGGACAGCACAUGGUCUAUUUCCACAGCAUGCCUCGCUGUCAUCGUCGUCGGUGGAUUUCUCGCGAUAAAAAAGCUUGUUGUGCGAAAUAGAAGAAAUGGAAAUAAUCUGCCUCCUGGUCCAAGGGGCCUACCAAUACUAGGUUACCUGCCGUUUCUGCAGAAGCCAUACCACGUUGCGUUCAAGAAACUUAGUCAACAAUAUGGACCCGUUAUUAGGGUUCGGCUUGGCUGUAAAGAUGUGGUUGUCCUCAAUGACCUCACGUCCAUACGCGAGGGCCUCGCAAAUACUGACGUGCUGUACAGGCCGGAGGACUUCUCCUUUCGCUACCUCGGACUGAAAGCAAUCGUAGCAUUGAAUGGCGAACCAUGGCAAGAAAAUCGGAAGUACAGCUUUCGUUUGUUGAAAAGCCUCGGAUUUGAAAAGAAAACUAUGGAGGAGCACGUUCAGCCAAUGGUUGUAGCGAAGGCUCUGGCGGCUAGCGCGGCAAACAAUGUGCUGUCGUUGGUGAUGGGCAAGCGGUACGACCUGGACGACCCCUUAAGCAGUUUCGUCGAGGGGCUGCUAACCAAAUUCCUUCGUCACGCCGCCAUAUUCUCUCACUACGACUUCUUCCCACUCGUGCGGUUCUUCGCAACUUACAUCCCCAACACGAGGAUGCACGCAAUGAAUCAAGUGUUUUCGGGGGUGUCAAAGCUCGUAAGGGAUGAGCUCAAGGAACGGGAAGGAAAUAUGGAGGCGUACUCAGACAAGGACUUCAUUGGGGGAUACUUCAAGAAACUUCAGAACAACAACGUCAGUAGUUCUUAUUAUAACAUGCGGCAUCUGGAAGGGAACUCUCUGAACUUUUUGGCCGCGGCCACUAAUACGGUGCGGACUUCCGUGCUGUGGAACCUUUGCAUCGCCGCGAGCGACCCGGAUGGCCACCAGGCACGCGCUCAGAGGGAGAUCGAUGCCGCAUUGGGUCAAGACAGCGCUCCGACUUGGGACGACAGGCAUCGGCUGCCCUAUACCAUGGCGACUGUUCUGGAGACGCUGCGAUGGAGGACAAUAGCGCCCUUGGGUAUUAAUAGAUCCACGGGGCGCGACACUGUGAUCUGCGGUUACGACAUUCCUGCUGGCACCAUAGUUCUGCCGAACCUCUGGGCUGUCCACAACGAUGAAACCCACUGGCAUCAACCGUAUUUGUACGACCCUACUCGAUUUCUGAACUCUGACGGAACAGCAAUGGAGCAGAGACCUCAAGCGUUCCUUGCUUUCAGCUUCGGCAAGCGAGGCUGUCCCGGCGAGACCGUGGCGCUUACAGAAAUAUUUUUGUACGUGGCUACGCUGCUGCAGAAAUUCAGAGUGCUACCCGAAGAAGGAAAAACUAUGUCCCUGGAUGUCAAGAAUGGUCUCAUCGCGAUCGUGGACGACACCCAGAAAUUGCGCUUCAUACCUCGAUGACUAGAGACCGUUUUAAUUUGGAUUCUCAGCGCGUGUAUAUAUAUGAACGGGUGUCUGUGUUUUUCUUACAUCUGAUGA